UGUAUGUGCCCAUGCCCUCAUCUCCAUACUUAAAAAAUAAAAAAAAUCUCUUUCAGAGAGCUUCAUCUCUGGCUCUCUAAUGGCGAAUUCAAUGGAAACUAUUUUCAAAGAGAAAAAAUACCCAUUCUUAUUCGCUUCAUUCAUCUUACUACUCUGUUUCACAAUUCUUCUCAUUUCAAAUACUCGUAAUUCCAUUCCUUAUGUACCUAAAAUCACCGAUCUUCAAUCUACCACUACUCAAUCAAUAAUCCCUUCAAUCAAAAGUGAAGAUGAAGUUGUUUCUUCGGAAGGAUCAUCAUCAUCAUCUGAUGCUGCUGAUGAUGAUGAAGAGAAAGGUGAUUCUGCUGAGAUUGAUUGGAGAUUGUGUAAAGGAAGUGUGGCAACAGAUUAUAUACCGUGUUUAGAUAAUAUGAAAGCAAUUAAAGGAUUGAAAUCAAGAAGACAUAUGGAACAUAGAGAGAGGCAUUGUCCUAAACCUAAUCCCAGAUGUUUGAUUCCGAUUCCGAAAGGGUAUAAGAUGACACUUCCUUGGCCGAAGAGUAGGGACAUGAUUUGGUAUGAUAAUGUGCCACAUCCUAAACUUGUGGAAUAUAAGAAGGAUCAGAAUUGGGUGAGGAAAUCUGGUGAUUAUCUUGUGUUCCCUGGAGGUGGUACUCAGUUUAAAGAUGGGGUCAUGAACUACAUUUUGUUCAUAGAGAAGACUUACCCAGCCAUUAAGUGGGGAACACAUACAAGGGUUAUUCUCGAUGCUGGUUGUGGUGUUGCUAGCUUUGGUGGAUAUUUGCUGGACAAAAAUGUUAUUACUAUGUCAUUUGCCCCAAAGGAUGAACAUGAGGCUCAAAUACAAUUUGCACUUGAGCGAGGAAUUCCAGCUACUCUGUCAGUCAUUGGGACACAAAUGCUUACUUUUUCAGAUAAUUCUUUUGAUUUGAUCCACUGUGCACGAUGCAGGGUGCAUUGGGAUGCAGAUGGUGGGAAACCGUUAAUGGAGCUUAAUAGGGUUCUAAGGCCAGGAGGGGUUUUCGUAUGGUCUGCAACACCAGUUUAUCGUGAUGAUAAUGAGAGAGAUAGGAAUGUCUGGAAGGCCAUGGUAGCUUUGACAGAAUCCAUUUGCUGGAAGGUAGUAGCGAAGACAGUAGAUGCAACAGGAAUUGGGCUUGUAAUUUAUCAAAAGCCUGUCUCUAAUGUGUGCUAUGAAGAACGUAAAGUGAAUGAUCCUCCAUUGUGUCAUCCAAUGGAGAAACAAAAACCUUCCUGGUAUACACCCCUAAGAGGUUGUCUCCCCCAACUCCCAGUUGUUAACUCGGGUGGAGACUACAAAUGGCCUACCUCCUGGCCCCAAAGGCUUAGCAGUAGACCUGCUAGUCUGGAAUCAAGUGCUGAGGAAAUAUUUUAUGAGGACAGCAAACACUGGUCUGCACUUGUGUCUGAUGUGUACAUGGGUGGCCUUGCAAUCAACUGGUCGUCUAUCCGGAAUGUAAUGGAUAUGAAUGCUGGUUAUGGAGGAUUUGCUGCAGCGUUGAUUAAGCAGCCUCUGUGGGUGAUGAACAUUGUGCCAAUCCAACAACCAGAUACUUUAUCUGCUAUUUAUGACCGUGGGUUAAUUGGAAUGUAUCAUGACUGGUGUGAGCCCUUGAGUACAUAUCCACGGACAUAUGACCUACUGCAUUCCAGUUACCUAUUUGGAAAUCUUACACAGAGGUGUGACAUUCUGGAUGUUACAGUAGAGAUGGAUAGGAUUUUGAGACCAGGCGGGUUAGUUCUCAUCCAAGACUCAUUAGAAAUGAUAAAUAAGCUAUCCCCUAUCUUUCGAUCUCUACACUGGAAGACUAAACUGUACGAAGAUCAAUUCCUUGUUGCAAAGAAAGGUUCAUGGAGACCAACAACAUUCGCCACAUAGAAGGAUCAACAACAGUGAGUUGAAUAAACAAAGGUGUUAUACUGUUAUCUCUCUCGUGUUGUGUAAUUGCUGAACUUGAUUUUGUGCUUAGUUCAAAUGCCUGUAACAAGAGAGACAGAUAAUUCUCAAUAUUCAGAUAGUUUUAUGGUUCUACA